UGUCAUUAGUAUUACCAGCUUAGCUCGCAGAUGGCCGCCAGAGACAAGGACGAGGGUGAAUGGCCACACCACCAAAUCCUCCGCGCUCACCGCCUGUACGCUUUUCGUCAGCACCUCCGUAUUCAAGCAGCCGUUCCCUACCUUCUCAACAGAAAAGCCAUUCCUAAAAGCCUCGCCGAAGAGAUUGCGAAAUUUCCAUCACGGACGAACGACGACUAUAAUAUAAAUUUCCUACUUGGGUACCUAAGGGAAGCUAGGGUAGAGCGUUUUAUCCGUUUCAUCGAAGCCCUUGGCGAUUCAUUUGCCUCCGCGAUCGCCGAAUGUAAAAGUCACCGUAUUCUCAUCGACACUAUGUCCGAAGGUCUUGAAAAUAUCUCUAACGCUGAUAUUGAGCAAGUACGGAGAGUAAGAGCUGUUGUAAAGAUGGCCAGAAAAGGCCAGAAGUCCGAGACGCCGGAAGAGGGCGUUGUACGAGGAUAUGAAUUUCAUACUCCAGUAGCUGAAGCAACAGUGCAGCAUACAGAGAGUGUUGUUUCCGAAAGUGAAUCAAGCACGGGUGCGACUGAAACGGAACUUGUAUCGAGACCUGAAUACUCUAGAGAAAUAACAUCAGUUGUGGAAACACAACACAUUCCCGAAAGAAAAACGGACAAGGAACCUGCUAUGUCCUUGCUCCAGCCAAUGGAAGGGUUUGUAAAGCCAGGAAUUGCCAAGUUUUGCCACAGGGACAGUCUAAUGGAGGAUCAAGAAUCAUGGAUCAUUUAUGACUCCACACAUGGAAUCGCGAUGGAUAUACCUGUUGAUGCAGUGCCUCCUGAGAUUUUGCAGUUCACAGUGAUUGCCCAUGCCUAUCUCAAUGGGAAUUUUAAAAUACCAGAGGAAUUUGAAGUGUGUACAGCGAUAUUUACCCUCAGGAUCCACCCUUUUUUCCAUUUUGUAAAACCAGUAUCACUGAAACUACCCCACUCAGUAAUUUUUGAUGGAGAUGAAGAUGAUGAAGAUUUUGUAAUUCUUCGUGCCUUAGAUCCCAUGUCGAAAACAGAGGAAUAUGACUUCUGUUGUGAUAUAAUAACCACUGCUGACUACUCUGAGGACUAUUAUGUUCAGGUUGAACUGGAUCACUUCUCUGCUGUGGCAGGAGCAAAACGGAAGCAAAAAUACCGAUCAGCUAGACGUGGCGUUCCCCGGGGAAAACAAAACUCUACCAAUAAACAGAGGAGAAGCAUUAAAAAUGGCAGGAGAAAAAGGCUGAAAAAUAUCAAAAGUAAACAAUCAGGGGACAGUGUUGGCUCAAGUUUACACUCCUCCUACGAAGCUUCGUUUGAGAGAGACCCCCCACAACCAGAUACGAAUCUUCUAAGGCAAGUUUCAUCAACUGAAAGGGAUGCACCUGCACAAAGGUCGCUCCUACAGAGACAAGGGGCCGUUGAUGACACAGCCAGUGCACCAAGCCCUCUGGUACAUCAGGCCUCCAGUGGUGCAGGACCUUCUGCUGCUAGCUGUAAUGAAAUCUGCAUUGCCUACUGCUAUCCAACAGAGUGCCUUACUAGCUGGACCAACAGGUUCCUUGUGGCACCUAACCACCCCACUGGAAGAAAGGCUCUUCACGAUUCAAUAUCUUUUGAGAGGUAUUGCCGACUGGAUAUUGAAUGUGUGAUGCGUACCGCCAUCCCCAGUAGUAGAAUAAUCUGGUUCUACCCAGAGAAGUGGAUCAGUGAUGGGUGGAUUGUGGAGGCCACAUCUACACCAAAGUUACCCGAAUAUCUCAAAUACAUAUCAAAUCCUGGGUCUAUACUAGAGAUAGUCAACUUCUCCAGUGAUGCACCGACACGAAAUUUCCCUGGGCUCAAUGACCGACUUUGUGACAGAAUGGUUUGUACUCACUUGGCCAAUAAACUGAAACACAAACACUGGAAGUUUAUUGGGCGUUUUCUUGGGCUGGGCACCACUGAUAUCGACGGUCUUCAACUGACUGCUAGCAAAGAAGGGGCGUGUACAUCCUACCCGGGCAAGUUCCACAGAGCUAGCGGAUCUCUGAGAUCACAGCAGAGAAUCAGCUGGACAUGUCAUGGAGCUGGAGGUGACAACCGGUCGUGUGGAAUUAAGUGUCCAUCCGAUCGUGGCCUUUUCCUACAGGAGAGCCCAUUCUUUGAGCCAGCAAGUGAUCAAACGCUGACAUGUGAUGAAGAAUCCGAUAGUGAAGAAGGUGGUGCUACUAUCCGUUCCUCUUAUGCACAGUACGUUACCAAGAAAGUGAAGAGAAAGUCCAUUUUUGUGUGUGGAAGUGUUACUGGUUUGUUGCUUCUGUUGCUGUUUGCGUUCUUUGGUGUGGGAGUACUGGUUGGGAACCUCACUGCUAAUAGGGGCACUCACUCUUCAAAUGAAGGUGGAGGAAGUGACCAGAUAAGCACUCCAAAUUCUCCUUGCAAUAAUACUCCCCGGGAAGAUAUCUGUGGAAACCCUCCAGUUCUGUUGAUCUCACUGGAUGGAUUUUGGAAUGGAUAUUUGGCAAGAAACUUGACCCCGACUCUGUCAACUUUAGCAAGAGAAGGAGUUAAAGCUGAAUUUGUCAGGAGUUCAUACCCAACCAAGACCUUUCCCAACCACUACACCAUUGUUACGGGCCUUUAUCCUGAGUCUCACGGAAUUGUAGACAACAACUUUUAUGACAAGACCCUUGACGACACAUUCUACCAGGGCAACAACGACCCCAAAUGGUGGCUAGGGGAUCCGGUGUGGAAUACAGCUAGUAGACAAGGACUGAAAUCAGGUACUUUCUUCUGGCCAGGAUCUGAUGCACCCAUCGGUGGCAUGUAUCCAAAUUACUAUGAACCAUAUGAUGGCUCGGUUUCAUUUGAAGAAAGAGUGUUGAAGGUAUUGGAGUGGUUGGAUUAUCCUUCGACUCUAAGGCCUCAGUUCUUGACUAUGUACCUCAAUGAACCAGAUCAUGCUGGACAUGAGGCUGGGCCAGACUCUGUACAGGUGGAUGCGGCCCUAGGUAGGGUGGAUGAUGUCAUAGAAGACCUCAUUGUGGAACUGAAAAUGAGAGGAAUCUAUGACUGCAUCAACGUUAUUGUUGUGUCAGAUCACGGAAUGGUCGCUUCAGAUCCCAGCAAGAGAUUCUUCCUGCCACUGUAUAUUCCUGAAGAAUACGUUGACAGUGUAUCUUACCCCACCUAUGGAGUCACCAUGAACAUCAACAUUGGUGAUGGUAAUGACAUGGCAGUGGAAGCUGUGUAUGCUGCAAUUCAGAAUAUUUCUGGAGCUCCAUUUCAGGCGCUCUACCUGGAUGACCUGCCACUGAGGCUCCAUAUAGGACACCACAAUAAACAGAGGUAUGGUGAUAUUUACGUGAUUGGAGACUUGGGCUCAUAUGUUACACCUAAAUCGGGGUCCCAAGUGCCGUUGGGAGAACAUGGCUAUGACAACAAUCAAGUUAGUAUGCAGUCAUUCUUUUUGGCUCGCGGACCAGCUUUCAAAGAGGGCUAUGUUGCUCCAGGAUUUGAUAAUAUUCAAGUAUACAACCUCUUGUGUGCUCUUCUGAACAUUACUCCUAGCGACAAUAAUGGUACAUUUGGAGCCUUGCAUCACAUGCUGAAACCAGAUGUAGCAGACAUGAUCCCUCCAGUUGCGGAACAAGAAGGUGUAGUGGGAGUGAAAGCAGAUUGUGCUCUACCUAGCAACUUUGUCUGCCAGGCCUGCUUUUGUUCACGGAGCUGUCAGAGUGGAGACAAUAAUGAACUUCUAUCUACAUCUGCUGAAGUUGCUCGGUACCAGAGCAUGCACCUCCCAUAUGGAGUCCCCAGAGGUGGCCAGGGAGAUGGGGCAUGUCUACUCACCAACAAACACUCUGUGACUCUCUUUAGCACGGUCCUUCACAUUCCACUCUGGGUGGCUUUUUCACUCAACAACCAGAUGUGGCUACAAGCAGUUGAUGGAGAUACAGAAUGUUAUCAAGCAGAUCCACGGAUAUCUUCAUUGCAGUGUGGCGACUACCGCACCUCAACUGACUAUACUCUUACGCACCUUGCUCCCACUGAUGAUUUGACGUAUCUGUCACUCAUCACCAAUGCAGUACCUCAGUUCAGCAACUACUACAACAUGAUAUGGUCUGAAUGGGAGAAGCAGCUAAUGAACUGGACUGAUGUCUAUGGUACACUGCAUGUCAUCACUGGCUGUCUGCUGGACUCAGAUGGCAAUGGCCACAGAGAUCCUGAUUCAGACUACAACCAUUGGCUGGAUGGUGAAGGCAGUGUUGCAGUUCCUAGUGGGUUCUACAGCAUAGUGACUCGCUGUACAGAGACCACAUGUCCAGUCUCCAGUGUGGAGGCCCUGGGUCUACUACUACAUCACAGAAACUUCACCUCUAUAAGAAAUGAUGUUGCUGAAUAUUUAAAAUUCCGUCUCUCUACUGUUGCUGACAUUGAAUCAGCCACUGGAAUAAACUUCUUUCCCGACUUGUCUCCAGAGCAUCAGGCUGCACUCAAGUUGCAUAUCCAGACAACCCUGUGGACCUGAUUCAUCCAAUUCACUUCGUUUUUAUUAUUUCCGAAGACCAUGCUUUACCUAUAAUAUCACUUGCGUCUCUGGUAGUCGCACUGUUGACGCAUGCGCACGGAAUUCCGGCAUGCACUGUAUAUAUAUACGCAAGCGCGAAAAAUGGACCGUCGCGCGCAGUUAGAGGAAAAGAUAAAGGAAUACGAAGUCAUUGAUGCCGAACUCUCCUCCAGACGGAAAGGAAUGGCAGUGUAUACAAGACAAGCAAGCGGACUAGUUUUCUACAAGUCAGAUCCAGAAAAGACACACGUUGAUCACAAACGAAAGCUAAAGGACCUGAAACAAGAGUAUUUGAGAUUAACACACGAACGGUAACAACCUCAUCCUUGAAGCUACUUUAUGAUUCGGGUAGUCUGGUGGUUGCCUGCCCAAAGCUGGUUUUUUUUUAUUCAUACUACCUUUUACAAGGAGCCCAGCAGUAAAAUUUUAUCCUGAUCUUUACAGGUAGAAGAGCACAUUGUGACAUGCUUUUCUAGGGCUAAAAAUCAGGAUAAGAUUUUACUGCUGGGCUGCUUGUAAGAAUGCAAUGCUGUCAUGUGCAAUACUCUACUGGUUUUCACUUGAGGUUGGUGCCAAAGAAUAGUUAUAGAGACUGCCUACAGUGCAGAAAGACUGGUGAUAGUGAAGGGGGGCAGGAUCUUCGUAGGGUAUCGAAAUACAUGGACUUGGGUAUAGACUAUGUUGUGUGUAGUGUGUGGGAUUUAGGGUUUGGAUAGUUCGUAGGAAGAAGUACAUUACUGUUCAAUUUGUGACGGCUGCCAAAAUGGAGCCAGGGCAAGAGUUUGUUAUAGAUGUACAGUGGCAGAGCAAUGGAUAUGACAAUGUGCUGGAGUUGAGCCUACCUCAGUCACUUUCGACCAAUCCAAAAUGCGAAAAACAUCUCCUGGCCUGCUUUGAGACGAAGCACCUAAUGCCCUUUCCCAUCAGAACACAAAGAAGAUUUUUGCGCCCCCUCACACCCAGACAGUGAAUGUCUACUGUGUAUGCCGCCUUGCAGAUGAUGGAUCCGAGAUGAUUCAGUGUAACGAAUGCCAUGUUCCACACUAAUGCUUGAAGAACGACAUUUGACUUGGCUUUGUGGUUCAUGUAAACAUUACUCUAUACCUGUUUUCAUACCCUUGAAUUUGCCAUAGCAUCUUUCGCUUUUUGUUUGUAAGUUGUCAUUAUGUCCACAUUUCAUAUUAUUCCGUUAUAA